AUGGCGUCAACGGUGCUGGAGGCGACGCGGGCGGCCCAUGAGGACCUGGAGAGGCUGGAGCGGCUCACGGUGCGCGAGCUGCAACGGGAGCCCGCUAACCCGCGCGACCGCCUCUUCCAGUCCCACCGCGUCCGCCACAUGCUCGACCUCGUCGUCUCCACCUCGGGCAAGCUCGUGGAAAUCUAUGAGGACAAGGACAAUGCUAGGAAGGAUGAGAUCAAUACUUAUCUUACUGCGCCCACGCAAAGUGGACUGUUUAGCAAGUACUACGAAAGGCUUAAAGAGAUCCGUGAAUAUCAUCGGCGGAACCCAUCUGCCCGUUUUGUCAGUACAACUGAUGACUAUGAAGAGCUUCUAAAGGAGGAACCAGUUAUUGAAUUCACUGGCGAGGAAACUUUUGGCCGUUACCUUGACUUGCAUGAGCUUUAUAACGAGUUCAUAAAUUCCAAGUUUGGAACGCCCAUGGAAUACUCGGCUUAUGUUGGCUGUUUCUCCCAGACGGACAAGAUCUCACAUAAUCAUAAAGCUACAAGACAAUACAGAGAAUACUUGGAACACAUUUUGGAAUAUCUGACAUCAUUUCUGUAUCUCACAGAGCCAUUGCAAGACACUGAUAAGAUUUUUUUAAAGCUGGAGAGUGAAUUCGAGGAACGAUGGGCCAAUGGAGAAAUACCUGGAUGGGGAAAUAAAGGCGCAGAAAAAGAGUCUGAAAUAGAUCUUGAUUACUACAGCACAGUUGAAGAACUUGUUGAGCUUGGCCUAGAAAAAUUAAAACAGGUGAUAUUAAAGACGCUAGUGUUACCUAUUUUUGUUACUUUUUUUCCAUUUAUUUUGAAUUUACUUACUGUUGAUUAUGUUUUGCAUCUUACACCGUUGGAGCAACUGGAUAGGAAGCAUUUUGCCAAAGUUCCACAUACUAAAGAUGGCUCAAACACAGCUUCCAGUGGCAACAUUUUUAAGGAUGAUAUGAAGAAAGAAAUUGCAUUGAUGGAAGUAAAGAUGAAGCGUCUUUGUGAACUGCUAGAUGAGGCCUUUGUAAGGACAAAGGAAAAUGCGGAGAAGAAGCUUACUUUGACGUAUGAAGAGAUGGAAGCAGAACGGGAGGAGGAGGAGGUACAAGCUGACACUGAGAGUGAUGAUGAAGAGCAACAAAUCUACAAUCCUCUCAAGUUGCCAAUGGGUUGGGAUGGCAAGCCUAUCCCCUAUUGGCUGUACAAGCUACAUGGCCUUGGGCAGGAAUUCAAGUGUGAGAUAUGUGGAAACCAUAGCUGUUGGGGGCAAAGGGCUUACGAGCGUCAUUUCAAGGAAUGGCGUCAUCAGCAUGGGAUGCGAUGCCUUGGCAUUCCCAAUACUAAGAAUUUCAAUGAAAUUACAUCCAUCGAUGAGGCUAAAGCGCUCUGGGAGAAAAUUCAAGCACGACAAGGGGUGAACAAGUGGUGGCCAGACCUAGAAGAAGAGUACGAAGAUCAAGAAGGCAACAUCUACAACAAGAAGACCUACACUGACCUGCAGCGUCAAUGCCUGAUCUAG